GGGCUUAAAACCCCCCGGCGGAGGAGCAUCGCGCGUGCGGCUCGCGCUCCGUCUGCAGCCAAGAGGACGGCAGCUCGCGCGAGCUCCGGUCAAUAAAGACCCCCCCCCCCCCCCUUCUCCUCCUCCUCCUCCGCCUCCGCCCGUCGCCGCCCCCUCUCUCACGACCGGAGCAUGACUCCUCACACGUUCCGCCAGGACUGAAGGGAGGACGAGGACGAGGACGACCCGCGCCAACAUGGCUUCGUACCUGCAGAUCGCCGAUGACGAGAAAGGCCAUGAUCUGAAUCUUUUCUGUAUUCCCAGACAUUAUGAAAACGAUUUGGACAAAGUGAUCAUCCCCCAUGGACUCAUCAUGGACAGGACAGAGCGACUGGCUCGCGACAUCAUCCAGGACAUGGGCGGACACCACAUCGUGGCUUUGUGCGUGUUGAAAGGCGGCUACAAGUUCUUUGCAGACCUGCUGGACUACAUCAAAGCACUGAACCAGAACAGUGAUAAAUCAGUGCCGCUGACGGUGGAUUUCAUUAGGGUGAAGAGUUACUGUAAUGAGAAGUCCACCAACAGCGUCAAAGUCAUCGGAGGGGACGAGCUGUCCCAUCUCGCUGGCAAGAAUGUUUUGAUUGUGGAGGACAUUGUGGAAACGGGACGGACGAUGCAGACGCUGCUCUCACUGCUGAGCGAAUGCAAUCCCAAGAUGGUUAAAGUUGUGAGUCUUCUAGUGAAGAGGACCCCGAGGAGUUCUGGGUACAGGCCGGACUACAUCGGCUUUGAGGUACCGGAUGGUUUUCUGGUGGGUUAUGCUUUGGACUACAAUGAGUACUUCAGGGAUCUCAGUCACAUCUGCAUACUGAAUGAUCACGCUAAGGAGAAGUACAGAGUGUGACCACGCUUGGCAAGACUGGGACCACUGUGACCCUCCUCAGCUUUGCUGUGUUUUCAAUCUUAUUUUUCUAAGAAAUCCUCAAAAUGUGACUUAAGGAUUGUAAAUAAAUUCAAGAAGCACAUUUCCUUUGCCCCCGACAGAAUGGGAUCAAUUAUGUAUAUUCCGGAUAUUUUGGUUGUUAAUUUUUUAUUUAUUUAUUUAUUCACUCGUGUAUAAACUUGACAUGUAAAUGACAGUUUUAUCUUAGGUACAAAAAAUAAUUUCAUCAAUUUAAGGAACAGGUCUGAAGCUUUAUGUUCAGUCAGAUGAUAGUUUUUCGUUGUUGUUUGUACAUAUAACGCUGACAUGGCCAAUGACUAACCUGGAAUGUACUGUAUGUUUUAUUUCAUAUCUGAUGUUCGACCUGUUUAAAGCAAUAUUACCAUGA